GAGGGAACACCUUGCUUAUAAGCCACCCCGUCAAGCCCAUACUUGACUGGUGUGAGAUCGUUACUAUACCUCAAGCUUCAAAAAGCCAACGUCCUCGUUGGUCACGGCUAUGUUGGUCACAGUUGGCACCCCCCAGGGUCCAAGCCACCACUCCAUAGGCCACCACUCCGAGUGUCGGGACUAGGAAGAUGGGGAUGACUCUGAUACCAAUUGUUACAGACCUAGCCCAUACUACGCCCAUAGCAGUGCCAUAAGCCCAAAUGUAGAACUCACUCCUAAAAGACCGACCAAUUAGGAGGAGGGAACUUCUUGCUUAUAAGCCACCAGUCAAGCCCAUACUUGACCGGUGUGGGAUCGUUACACAUGGUUACUAUAAAUAUAAUAUUUUUUAUAGCUAUAUACUACCACCAUCCCACAAGCAAGUUCCCGGUUUGAACCAUUCACAUAUAUAUGCAAUGCAUUUUUUUCUUUGACUUUCCAAGUAUACCCUUACUUUAUGUCAAAGUGAGAAAAGUUAAACAAAAAGUAAGAGUUUGUGGCGUUUGCCUAUCUAAAAAUUUCUUUGUGUAUAAAUGGGUACUUCUUUUUGGAAUAUCCUAAUAAUGUAAUGAGGAACAUAGUCUUGGGACGAAGUAGUUUCUGCCUUGUUGGAAAAUUUUCUUUCGGUACUACCAGCCACACAGAGAAAUCAGAGGAAUCAGAACUGAUAUGCAUCUUCUUGGGUUUGAUGAGAGUAUGGAUCUGGAAAGGGCAAAGUGUAGGGCGCACAUUCGUGUGGACGAUUGAUCUCUUUUUUAUUUUUCCUCUCUCCUUUUUUUCUUUGAUCGUUUAUCUUCUUUGUCUUUUUAUGUUCUUAUGUUAUGUUUAUCUUCUAGCUUUUUUUUAAAUACUCUUUUAUCUUUUAUCUUUCUUAUAUUCUUAUGUUAUUGUUAUCUUAUAUUUAUUUAUCUUUAGCUUAUUUGUUUUAUCCUUUUUUUUCUUGUCUGUCUUCUCUUUUUGGCAUUGAUAUCAUGGAUCGAUUCAUAUUAGCCGACCCCAAAAUCUUUUGGGAUUAAGGCUUGGAUGUUGUUGUGUGGUACUACCAGCCACACCUUGAACCCCUCAAUUUCAACAUUAUGUCAGAGCUAUAAACCUUUGAAACUCAUACUACAUAUUUUUCGUUUUAAUGUCAUGACUCAUGACCAUUUGUUUAAUCUUUUAUCAAGCUUGCCUUGUCAUCCUAGCUUUGGUAUGUGAAUUGUAGGCCAAUAUGCCUUCCUUCCACAUGCCCAUUCUUGCCUGGUUCUCCCUUAGUUUUCAGCAUUGAUCACCUUCUCUAACGAUGUACUUGCCUCAUCACUACUAGAACCAUCGUUUUCCUCUCUUUUAGGCGGCCCUUGGCCCUAUCUCUAACAUUUGGUAUUGAGCCACUGUCAUACACAUUCCACAUGUCACAAAUCUCUGACAGGCAUUUGACCCAUGAUGCCACCUUCAAUGACCUUUUAUGUGAGUUUUUGUAAAAGAUAUUACAGUCUUUUACUGCCCCAGGAAUGAGAUGUGAAGGUUUUCCAACAACAUUGACUUAAACAUAUGCCUCAUACACCAUCAUCAUUCAGAUAAAACUUAUUUUUCGACAUAAUUAUAUUUGUUUCUCUUGCCGUGUUGUAUGUCGAAAGCAUUUUCCUUUGACACUUAUGUAAAUACACUUAUCCUUCAAAUAAAUACACCACUAUAUUUAUCUCUCGAGACUAUCCAGGGUUGCUAUGUAGGAUUUAUUUCUCAGGGAACUUCGGUUCUGCCUUUCUUAUUCACUUUCAGGUGCUAUUUAGUUAUUAAUAAGCCAUUUUCCGAGUUUCGAGUAAAGGCUUUUGUAGAUUGUGUUUGAAUUUUUUUGCUUUACUUUUUUAAUUAUGAGACCAUUUUUGGUGUCAUGUCUCUCUAAGCCAGGACAAAUGAGGAGGGUGUUGUAAUAGGCGCGUGACGGUUAACUGUAUCACUUAGUCACAUCAUAUGACCUGAAUCGCAAUAUGAAUAUCGCUACGGCUAGGUCACGUCAGCGAUAUGUCAUCCCUUAGUUUGGUAGUGUCAAAUAUGCAAGGACGCGCCACACUUCAUGGGUCUGUGUGCGGUGAUAAAAAUGUUAAGGUUUCUAAGUCACCGCCCUAUUGCGCGGGGAUGUUGUCAAAUAUGUGAAGGCAUGGUUGGGGUCGAGGUGGUGUUAAGAAUUGAAGGUGGUAGUGUUAGAUUGCGCAUUGGGACAUGGAAUGCGGGGUCUCUUAUGGGAAGAUCCUUUGAGGGGUUAAGCUUAUGAGUCACAUAAUGCUUCUUCUUGGGGUGGAUGAGAGCAUGGCUUUGGAGAAGCAAAGUGGUGGAUGAAUAUUCGUGUUAAUGACUGAUAUCUUUUCAUUUUUUUAUCAUUUUAUCUUUUUUAUCUUUCUUAAGUUCUUUAUCCUUUUAUCUUUUUAGUUUAUAUUUAUUCUUUUUAUCAUUUUUUAUCUUACUUCCUCCGUUUCUUUUUAGUUAUCCAUCUUUGACUUUUCCAGUCAAAGAUGCUAGACUUUGACCAAUAAUAUGUUUAUAUAUGUAAGUAUUUAGAAUAUGAAAAAGAUAUGAAAAUGUUCUUUGUUAAAAAUACUAUCAUAAAAGUAUACAAUUUAUAAUUUUCACUAAAUUAUACUCUCUCCGUCCCGAAAAGGUUGGCCAAAGUUGACUUUCACGUGGAUUAAUAAAGUAAAAACUAUGUGGUUGAAAUUUGUGCUGAGGAGAGAUAAUUAAUUUUAGCCACAUAUUCCUUAUUUUAAAUGGAAAUGGCAAAUCUUUUUUGGACACCCAAAAAAGGAAAUUUGGCCAACCUUUUCGGGACGGAGGGAGUAGAUGUUAAAACUAUUAACCAAAGUUUACUAUAAUUGUUCAGAAAAAUGAAUGACAGCUAACUAAAUAGAGGAGCAGGCAGUAUUAUUUUUGUCUUUAUCUCUAUCAUAUAUUUUUCUUUAUCUUAUCGUUUCUUUAUCUUUAUUAUCAUAUCUUAUGUUUUUAUCUUUAUUUUCUUUUUACCUCUGAUAUCAUGUAUCGAUUCAUGUUAGCCGAUUCCAAUAUCUUUUGGGACUAAGGCUCAGAUGUUGUUAUAGUACUUUUAUUAAUUAUGACAUACAUAUGCUCAUACUUGAGAAGGCGUGCUAAAAUGUAAUUUCUCAACCCCCUUUUAAAUGAUACACAUGGCAUUCAUUUGUUAAACCUAUUAUUGUUGUUGUUGUUCUUUGAUCAUUUUCCUUGACAAUUUUUUCAAUUUCCAAACAUCAUUUUUUGGUGUUUAAUAAUAUUUUAUGUAUUUCUAUAGGGUAGUUGUUUCUGUACUCCCCAAUUAGGAAUUUGUAGAAAUUUAGUUACUUGUUGUUAACUUUUUCCAAAUUAUCCAUGUUAUACUUUAUACUUCUUGGUAGCAGUUUUAGUUCCUUAUCUGUAGUGACUUUAGUCCCCUGCUGUUAUCAGUGAAUAACUAGAACUGUCACCGAAGGUUAUGAUCAAGGAUGGCUUUUGCAACAUUUAACAAAAAGUCACUAAAAAUGUUACAACUGCCUAACUGAGGGACUAAGAAAGCAGUUUAACCUUUUCAAAUAAAGAAAUUUAAACACUAAGGUCGAAAAUUUUAAUAGGAAACAUGAAAAGCAUUCUCACCGAAUGAUGGUUUUCUGCGAGAACCCGUUAAGGACUCUGCUAAAGCAUGAUAAUGAACCAAAAUGUCUGGCUAUUGUUUACUUAAAAUAUGCAUCAGCUCAUAUCAUUCACUUCCCUCUAUUACAGCCAAAACUGUUAAGUGAUAAUACAAGACUUGUCACAAUUAACACUUUAACAGUCUGACAUAAUCUAGAUAUCAUUCUUUUUUUGAAGUUAGGUGACUUUCAAAUGUCCUUGUUAUUUUUCAUAUAUAAAAUGUAAGUUUCUUAGCAUAUCUACUCAAACUGGAUCGUAGUUUUUUGUUGUUGUAAAAACAUGGAUAUGCAGGGUUGCUUCCCUACUCAUGUGGUUCUUGAGAUCUUACAAACUGUGCUUAUAUAAAAAAUCUUCACCUCUCUGUAAAACAGGGAUUAACUAAGUCUUUCUUGUGAAUCCUACUCCCUCUCUAAAUUCAACACCUUGAAUGAUCUGAUCUCUUAGAACCUAGGUACAAACUUUCGACGCACUUCUUGCCCCUCCUUGGUUCCUUAGGUCAUGCAUAUUACCAAUUUGUAAUAUGUCAUAUAACAUUAGUUUGCCAAUGUGGAAUAUUUUAUUUUGAUGUGAGUUUGCAUUUAUGUGUAUAAAUAGGGGUUAAAUCUAAAUCGAGAAAUCUAAUCCGCAUAGUGAAAUAAAUUACUUUAGGAUUAAGGCGUAGCUGAGUUGUAAAUAUUAGCCUUUUAAAAAAAGUUGUUUAUACUUUGCGUGGAAAACAACAUGAUCUGUGCCUUCAGUCCCCCUUGUAUCACGUGCCUCACCGCUGGCCAGAUCCUUCCAAAGCGUAACUUGAUAACUUGUAUAUACGUGGCUGUUUUUAGUUCUUUGUAUUUAUUAUUAGUAUGCAUGCCAUCUUUGUGCUACAUGCUCAUAUAUCUCUUAGGCACAACUUAGGUUGGGGGAGUCUUGAAGUGGAUCUGGUACUCUGGUUGUGAUGGCAUCAGUGAGUAUCUGUUAUUAGGUGAUGGAUUGUCCCAAGCUUGUUAAGAGUCCAUCUUUUGCUCACAACUUUUUAUGUCUGGUUUUCCAUCUUCAUUUUGUUGUGUGAUUUCUCACUUGGAUCUGUCUGUUUUAGAGGGAAUCAGGAAUUGUAGAUUUUGUUUUGCGCUCAAAGCUUCGAAGUACAAUUACCGUCAUCUUAGAAGUUAUCAAUUGCGAUCUCAAGAAAUAAAUAGAUGAAGGACCGACGAAAAAUUUCCGAUACCAUUUGUUGGAAACGUGAGAAGCAUUCUCAAGAAGCGGUGGUACUCAUGUAUUAUCAGUAAGAACUCCUCAGACGGCUCUCUUUGGCACAGUAAAGAACAAAAAGAGCAGGCUGUUUCAUCAGUUUAAGGUUGCAUUGACGACAUGGCUGCGGGGAAGAUACACGCUUCUGACUCCCGUAAUGCUUGUGGUGUGUCUGGGGAGCCACUAAUACUCCCUCGAGUGGGGGAUGAGUAUCAAGUUGACAUUCCACCAUAUACACAAAUUUGGACUGAUGGUGACAACUCUUGGGAUUCAUAUGUUGGAUUGCAUAUACCUUUAAGGUGGGCAAACCAGGGAAGAAGGACAAACAAAAGACUGGAUAGUAUCUUGGAUGAUGGAAAAUUAGAAAAUAUGUCCAUUGAUGAGAAACAGCCAAAAGGGGAAUGCCCAGACUCCUGUUUAGUUCCAGAUGGCGAUGUUGAUCCAUUGACCAAUAUUGAGAAGAAAACUUUUCUUCUUGGUCUCUAUGUAUUUGAGAAAAACUUUGCUCACUUGAAAAGGUUCCUUCAAACGAAAAGGACAUGUGACAUAAUGUCAUAUUAUUAUGGGGAGUUUUAUAGAUCUGAUGAGUACCGUAGAUGGUCUGACGGUCGAAAAGUCAAAAGCCGGAAGUGUGUUUACGGGCAAAAACUGUUUAUUGGAUCAAGGCUGCAGGAACUGUUAUCUCGCUUACUUCCCAACAUGUCAGCAGAUCGCCGAAAUGAAUUAUCGGAGAUUUCCAGAAGAUUUGGGGAGGGAAAGGUACGUUUGGAAGAAUAUGUCUUUACUUUGAAGUGUAUGGUUGGGAUAAACACUCUUAUAGAAGCAGUUGGAAUAGGCAAAGGAAAACAAGACCUCACAAAUGUAGCCUUAGAACAUACAAGGUCCAGUCAUGCCUUAACCAUGCGUUCGGAGGUACCUACUGGCAAAGCUUGCUCCUCUCUUACUCCCACCGAAAUUAUCAAAUAUCUCACUGGAGGUCAUCGGCUGAGCAAAACACGGUCUAAUGAUUUGUUUUGGGAAGCUGUCUGGCCACGUUUACUGGCAAGAGGUUGGCAUUCUGAGCAACCUAAAAAUACAGCUUAUGCUGCUAGCUCCAAGCAGGGUUUGGUUUUUCUUAUGCCUGAUGUUAAAAAGUUUUCUCGGAAAUUCAUCAAGGGGACCCACUAUUUUGACUCUGUUACAGAUGUUCUGGCCAAAGUUGCUUCUGAACCUAAAUUGCUUGACCUAGAUUCAGAAGAUCAAGAUGGCAACGAGAACCAAGGAGGAAAAGUGCAUGGUGUAGCAAAGGUGGACACUGAUGAUCUGUCUAUAAUAAGAAGCCACUCGUAUCUUCAACCGAGAACUCCUAAUCAAUCUGAUGACAUGAAAUUUACAGUCGUUGAUACCAGCCUAUGUAAUUCUAAACCCUACAAAGUGAGGGAUUUUAGAAGCUUGCCAUUAGAAGUUUCAAAGAAACUGUGCCUUCAAAGUAAUUUUGGAGAUACUUCAAAGGACAAUAAUAAAGUGUCUACUGGUCCUGAUUCUAUUAAUCCCAUUUCCCUUGAUCAAAGUGAGCCAAUUCGUUUUGGAUCCAAUACAAGCUUACAUAGUGGGGAAACAUCUCCUGGCAGGAUUGAUCUUGAAAUUGGCACUAAGAACCUGAAAAUAUCACAUUUCAGAAGCCAAGAGGUCCAUGGAAGCAAUGUCUUGAAUAAUGAAGAUCUUUCUGAUGAUGCCAAGUCAAUAGAAGUGGUGGAAGUGAAGCCCUGUAUCAGCCAUAGAGUAAGAAAAGAUUAUGUAAACAAUAUAGUCCCUGUUUCCAAACGUUCUCGGCGACUAUCUGCUUGUAAUCGCACUGCGACAAGAAAUAUAGGUUGUGUUUCUAGAGGGGAGGUGGCAAUGUCCAGUUGCAGUUCAAGCAUGAAUACCAUGCCUGCAAACAAUGCUUUGCAGAUGGGAUCCCUUCAUGACAAAAUUUCAACAACUAUUUCAUCAAAAAGUAGCCCUUCUAUGAACAUUGAACGUGUACCUGUUAAUAGUUCUUCUUUUGCAGAAGUGUCUCCUGCUGAACAUCAACCAAGGAUCUUAAUCGAUCUUAAUGUGCUCCCAGUCUCGUCAGAUUCCGAAAAUGGACUCUCUGUAAUAGAUAUCACUGAAGAUCAAACUGAUAGCCUAAAUAAACCUGAAAGUCACUUUGAACAGAAGGUGUUAAGCAGCGUCAAUACUUCUUCUGAUCAGCAGCAUCCUGGAAGGAGGCAUAGCACUAGAACCCGUCCUCCAACUACAAGGGUACUGGAAGCUUUUGCCAAUGGGUUCUUGACUGUAAACAAAAGGCAGAAGAAUAAAGAAGUCAUUGGCUCACAACAAGACCAUGGAAAAACAAAGACUGUUGGGCUUGGCAAUAACUCUCAAGUUUCCAAGAUGGAAGAAGAAAAGGAUCAUGUUUGCAAUAAGGAAAGAAAUGAUGUGUUCGGCAAAUUCAAGCCUCCACCAAACGGAAAUGGAGGAAGCAUCACAGGCCUCUGAAUUUGUGAACAGUGUUCUCUCCUAUUCAGCGAUUAAAACUGGUUGCAGCUAUAUUGUAUGAUUCUUAUUUUUGUCAAGCUGCUCCUCUAACAAGGUGAAGACAAAUGAAUGAGCUAAUUGUUGCUGUAUAAUCUUUGUUGAUAUCUUGUUGCUGGAAGUGAGCCCCAAGGAUUCGUUUAUUCUCAUCCAUCUUGUGCAUUUUAUCUUUUUUUUUUCGGUCUGUUGCUUUCCUUGUUGAUAGUGUUAUGCAACUCACCUACAGCAUAUGAAUGUGCGACUUAGUUCAGUUCUGGAGAUAGUGGAUGUAUAUAUUACAUCGGUUUUAGAUUUCCUCCAUAGUUGUUUUUGUUUGUAUCUCCAUGACAGAGCGGAAACGUGUUGAUUUUAUAGAAAUUAAAUAUAGCUAUAGCAAUUCAAAUGUAUUCUGUGAGACCCCAUUUGUUAAUGAUGAUAUGCACAAAAUUAGGGUUGUAAAUGAAUCAAAUAAUUUGUGUUC